GACUUGGGACCCACCUGAAAUGCGUGCAUUUACAGUUUUCUUUGUUGCACCUCAGUAGACCGUCAGUGACACUGACGAAACCCCGACUGAGCAUUUGCCAUUUUCAUUUCAGAAUUCUAGGUAUCGUCGUCUCCGUUGAGAUUACCAGCCGGCGAUGGGAAGCAGCUCAGAUUCAGAGUCAGAUAUCAGUGAUUCAGAGAUUGUGGAUUACUCGAAUAAACCUUAUGAGGGACUAAAGUCUGGGAGAUAUAAAGUAAAAGGCCCAAAUGGCAUUCUUAAAUGUCCCUUCUGUGCUGGGAAGAAGAAACAAGGUUACAAGUAUAAAGACCUUCUUCAACAUUCAAGUGGUGUGAGCAAAGGCGCAUCCCACAGAAGUGCGAAGCAGAAGGCAAACCAUCUUGCUCUAGCAAACUACUUGAAAAAUGAACUUGCUGACGAGGCUGACCCACUACCCCAGCAUGUGGUUACUCCUGAUCCUGCUGAUGAAUCUGAUCAGACUGAGUUAUACUGCUGGCCUUGGACAGGGAUUAUUGUUAAUAUUCACAACAAGCGGGAAUAUGGAAAAGAUUUGGCUAGUAGCAGCUACUGGUUGAAAAAGUUCACCAACUUUAAACCUUUGUCAGUUGAGCUUUUCUGGGACGACAAGGAGUGUAUUGCACAGGCUGUUAUAAGAUUUGAUAGUGAUUGGAAUGGUUUCAAGAAUGCAAUGGAGUUUGAAAAAUUCUUUGAAGCUGAUGAACACAGUAAAAAAGAAUGGGGUGCUCGAAGUAGGUCACUUGGUUCAAAUAUUUAUGGCUGGUUUGCGCGUGAUGAUGAUUACAGGUCAGAAGGGGCAAUCGGAGAUUAUCUGCGUAAGACGGGGAAGUUGAAGACAAUAUCUGACCUGGUCCAGGAAGCAACACAACACAGAAACAAAGCUGUUGCUAAUCUUGCGAAUGAGCUUGACUUGAAAAAUGACAAUCUGGAUCAGUUGCAGGUCAAGUAUAAUGAGAGGACAAUGUCACUUAGCCGGAUGAUUGAAGAAAAAGACAUGCUACACCGUGCUUUUUCCGAAGAAACAAGGAGGAUGCAACGUAUUGCAAGGGAGCAUGUUCAAAGGGUUUUGGAUGAACAGGAGAUGUUGAAUAUGGAGUUGGAGAACAAGAGGAGACGACUUGAUACCUGGAGCAAAGAAUUGAAUAAGCGUGAGGCUUUAACUGAACGAGAGAAGCAGAAGCUUGAAGAGGAGAAGAAAAAGAAUGAUGUGAGAAACAAUUCACUUCAAAUGGCUUCUGAGGAACAGAAAAGAGCUGACGAGAAUGUCCUCAGGCUAGUUGAAGAACAGAAGAGGGAGAAGGAGGCUGCUCUGAAAAGAGUUCUCGAGCUUGAAAGGAACCUGGCCGAGAAGCAGAAAUUGGAAAUGGAAAUUGAAGAACUGAAAGGGAAACUAGAAGUGAUGAAGCACAUGGGAGGGGAAGAUGAUGCAGCUGUCCAGAAAAAGAUAAAGGAGAUGAAUGAGCAAUUGGAAGAGAAGAUUGAGGAAAUGGAUGGUCUCGAAGAUUUAAACAAACAACUCCUCACCAAAGAGCGCUCUAGUAAUGAUGAGCUGCAAAAGGCUCGUAAAGAAUUAAUAGAGGGCUUGAAUGAUAUGAUGAGUAGCAGCCGUGUAAACAUUGGGAUAAAGAGAAUGGGCGAAAUUGAUGAAAAGGCCUUUCUGAAUUCAUGCAAGCAGAGAUUUGGGCCUGAAGAAGCUGAGAUCAAGUCUGUAGAACUUUGUUCCUUAUGGCAGGAAAAACUGAAAAAUCCUGAAUUUCACCCUUUUAAAAUUAUCCCGGUCGAUGGGAAGCACGAGGAAGUGUUGGACGAGGAUAAUGAAUCACUACACGAGCUCAAGGAUGAAUGGAGCGAUGAAAUCUACGACGCAGUCACGACAGCUUUGAAGGAAUUGAAUGAAUAUAAUCCAAGUGGACGGUAUGUGGUUCCUGAACUAUGGAACUACAAGGAAAACAGGAAGGCCACACUCAAGGAAGUUAUCAGUUAUAUCUUAAAGCAAGUGACGACACUCAAGCGCAAGAGAUAGAUGAAAUUCAGUUAUGGUGGUGAUUUAGGGUGCAAGCAAGGAUGAAAAGGUUGGAAACACUGACAGCAUAGAAGAUCUUUCCAAAACGUUUAUAUUUUGUUCGUAACUAACUAGCGUGUGUCGACUUUUAACACAUGUUAGAUCACUUAGAUGGUACUCUAGCUUUUGUGCAUUCCAUAAUAUAUUCUUGUGACGAUGGUUUCAAAGUAGUCGAUAGUUGUCUGGAUGACCUGGUCAAUGUGACUCUUUUUCUGAAGAGGUGCCCCUCUCUUGAAUUUACGGGGUCUUGCCUUGCUACAAUUAAUAACUCUUUUGAUUUGCCUAGUUUAUACA